UUUUUAGGCCUCAAAAUUCCUCAGCCACAAACCAAUCCACCUCCACAGCCACACAAAUGGCGUCCACCCUUUUCCGCCUCGUUGUCUCUUCCACCUUUCUUACUUUCCAUGUCCAAAAAUCUAAACCCUUAUCGUCUCACCCACCAUUUACUCCCCCUUCUCUUCUACCUUUUUCUCCACUAACAAUCGGUUUCCGUUCUUCUUCUGUUCGAUCUUUUCCGGUCGGAGUUGCUGUUUUUCUCUCAAAAUUUCAUGGAUUUGAUGGUCUCGGAGUAGAAAAAAGGGCGGAGGUGGAAUUUCCGGGAAUCAGUUGACGAUCGUAGUGGUAACCUAGAGGGAUAAGAUGAAAAUUCAGUGCGAUGUUUGUGAGAAAGCUCCUGCUACUUUGAUUUGUUGUGCGGAUGAAGCGGCGCUUUGUGCGAAAUGCGAUGUUGAAGUUCAUGCUGCUAAUAAGCUUGCGAGCAAACACCAGAGGCUUCUUCUUCAGUGCCUCUCUACUAAGCUUCCCAAAUGCGAUAUAUGCCAAGACAAGCCGGCUUUCAUUUUCUGCGUUGAAGACAGAGCACUUUUUUGUCAAGAUUGUGAUGAACCAAUUCAUUCAACUGGUAGUCUUUCAGCAAACCACCAGAGGUUUCUAGCCACUGGAAUCAGAGUGGCCAUGAGCUCAAGUUGCACGAAGGACGUCGACAAGGUCAAAAUGGAACCUCCAAAUCCGAAGAACCCUCAGGUUCCUGCUAAAAUGCCUUCACAACAAGUUCCUAACUUCACAUCCCCAUGGGCGGUUGACGACUUUCUCCACUUCUCCGAUCUCGAGUCCUCUGACAAGAAAGAAGAUCUAGAGUUCGGAGAACUAGAAUGGCUAGCAGAAAUGGGGCUGUUUGGGGAGCACGUUCCUCAAGAAGCUUUAGCUGCUGCUGAAGUUCCUGAGCUUCCUACAUCACACUCAGGUAGUGCAUUCGCAUACAGGCCGACGAAGUCGAGCAUGUCGUACAAAAAGCCUAGGAUCGAGGUGGUAGACGAGGAUGAGUUUUUUACCGUUCCCGAUCUCGGAUGAACAGGAAGAGACAAGUUAGUAUGGUUAUGAAUAAUAAUACAGUUUAGUUUAUAGGCUUGAAUAAUGAUUAUAUUAUGCAGUAGUAUUGUUCACAUCUCUGGUUUGGUAGUAUGCAUUAUAGGAGUUUUCUUUGAUCUUUUGCCUACAAUAUUUGUUUUUUACUUUUGCUUUUCUACCUUAUUGUAACUUUUGGAUCUUAUAUGACAAAUUUAAGAUUAUUUUAAAGAAUGGUAACU